AUGAUGAUGCGCAGGAGAGCCAGUGGAAGUCCUGAAGCUGACCGAUCAGGCGAAGAAAGGCCAGAAGAGGAGAUGCUUGGGCCAACUGGGAGACCUGUGAGUUAUGGACCUCAAAACCCUCAAAUGUUGGAACUUGAAGAUGAAAAGAAAGAUGUAGAGAAUGAAGAACCCAAAAAAGAGCUAGAGCCGCUGUUCACCGAAGAACAAGUGAGGCAGUUUGAAGAACUGCACAACAGAGCACCUCUGUUGUAUGGAAGUCCACAGAGGACGCAGCUAGGAAUAGAGGAUGAAGCCAGGUCUUCAGGUUUAGCUUUGGAAGAUGUGCAGUUGGAAAGACCGAAGUUUCUACCUGCAGAAAGACCUGCAGCGAUGCCUGCUGGUACGCCCUCAGUGAUUUAUCAGCAGCAGAUGAUGCAGUACUUCUUCAUGUUGCAGCAAGAGAACAUGCAGCUGAAGAUGGAACAGGAGUUGCUGAAAGAAAAGCUGAGGGAGAAGGAAGAAAGAAAGACCUCUGAGGUAGAGGUGCCAAAUGGCGAAGGAGGAAGAAAGGCUAAGCCUGAAGUGGAAGGGUUUCAGACUCCUGAAAGCCAACAGCAAGGAAGCCGUGCAGCUGAAGACCGGGUUGUGAAGACAGAGAAUGACUUGGAAUCCGAGAGGAGAAGGCUGUACGAGUUGACACCGAUGGAGCAAUAUGAUGAAUUGCAAAAGGUGAUGGAUGCUGCGGUGGGUUCAGUGAAGAAGCCACCUCCUGGACGAGACCUUCGAGGACCUUGGGAAUCUCAUCAACCUUCAGAAGGAGCACGACAGAAAGAAAGAGAUGUUCCAAAGAAGGAAGCAGGUGAGAAAGGGACCGGAGGAGAUGCCAGGAAGAACCAAGGAAAUGCGUUGGAGCCAGCUGAUGAUGGAAGAAUGCAAAGGCAGGUUGAUGUCCUGUCUAAGAUGAUGUUGCACCUUCUGGAAAGUCAGCAAGGUAAAGAUGAUGGAGAAAAGAUGGAAGCGGUCAAACCUGGAGUGAACAAGUUGCAGACCCUCCAGGAGCCGACCGAAACGGCCCCCAUUGACUAUGCCGACUGGUUGACCAUGAUAGAGCCGGUGAUGACGGAUCUGUCAGACAGUUCGCAUGUUUGGUGGCGACUUGUGCUGGAUGAAUGCAGCGCAUGGUACUCUGAGUAUGUGAAGCUCCGACCACUUCAAAGAACAAGCUUUGAGAUCGAGGCCUCUGAAGAACUGAAGAAGACGAAGUGGGUUCGAGUGGAACGCCGAGCUGUUUCCAUGCUCAUGGAUGCCAUACCCACUGGAGUGAGAGAAGAGCUUGUUGCUACCAAGUCACUUUCUCCAGUGAAGGUGAUUGCCAAGUUGAUGACCAUCUACCAGCCUGGUGGACUACAUGAACGAACUGUGAUUCUGCGUCAGUUGGAGGAUCCUGGCGAAGCAGGAAACGCAGUGACUGGAGUCCAAAGUCUUCGGAAGUGGUUGCGAUGGUUGAGAAGAGCUCAGGAUGUCGGGUUAUGCUUACCCGAUUCCACUAUACUUUUGCGUGGUCUGACAAAGUUGAUGAAGAAGCUGCUGAACAACAACCCAGAACUAGCUUUCAGAACCUCACUUGUCAGAAACACACUCCAAUUGGAUACAAUUCCAAACCAUCAAACUGUGAGGACGUACUCUGAACACCUACUGUCGGAACUGGAGCAACUGGUCCACUUGGAGAAAAGGUCAAAGGUGGCUAAUGCAGAAAGAGCGACAGCCACAACCAGCCAGGUGAAGCAGUUGAACGCCGCAAGCAGUGGGAGCACAGAGGACAAGAAUGUGAAAAAGAAUGUGAAGGAAUGCAAGUUCUUUCAUCAGGAGGAUGGUUGCAGACGUGGUGCAGCUUGCACUUGGGGACACAAUGUAGAGCCAGGGGAGAAAAGGUGCUAUGUGUGCGGAUCCACCAAGCAUUUUGCGAGGGAGUGUCCACGCAAGGACAUUCAAAAAGACCCAAAGGUGCAGAAAGUGGAAAAGGAGGCUGAGGCCCCCAACAAAACCGCCAAUAAGAGCCCUGCCCCUGCUGAGGCCCCAGCAGUGGCAACAAAGGAGGCUGAGACCACCAAAGAAGAAGUUGCUAGUGUUGGAGGAGACUCUCUGCGAAGCGUCAUGGAAAAAGCUUCGAAGAUGCUGAAGAGCAUGGGAGUUGAAGAAAAGCCUACAAAGACCAGGGAAGAAAUGACCAAAGGACGGAUGCUGGAGCUACAGAAGGAGUUGCAACAGAUUCAGGACGGAUCGUGGAAGCCUAGAAUCAAUAUGAUGAAGACUGCCAUGGUUGCCCGAGUCAAGUUCGGCAAGAAAGCGUUGCUGGAUACUGGAGCCACUCACGCUCUGAGGUCCAAGAGGAGUGAUGAGAACCUGGUUGAGGGCAAAGAGUACAAGAAAGUGAGAGUGAACCUUGCAGCUGGAGGUUCAAAGACAAUGUGGAUGACGAAUGGAGGAACCCUGGUACAUGAAGAACCAGGGAUGGAACCGAUACUACCAGUUGGUCGUCUAGUACGAGAACUGGGAUGCAGCUUUGAGUGGAAAGAUGAUGAAUGCUUUCUUUUCCACCCCAUCAGGGGACAGAUAGCAGUGGAGGUCGAAGAAGGAUGUCCACAGAUCACCCAGGCAGAAGCGGAAAAGAUGGUGGAUGAACUUGAAGGAAUGAUGUCGCUUCGAAGCAUGAAAAAAGUGGCAUAUGAUGAUGCAUGUUGGGGCGCAGAAUGGAUGGCUGAGUUGGUAGAGAAACAUCCAGUACUGGCCUCAAUACCCUCACUUGUCAAGGACAACCUAGUGGAAGUGCCGGCCGAAGACCUUUUGCUUUUGAAGGCCAACAGAAGAACCAGGAGACGAUGGAUUGAACAAGGGGUCACUGUACAUUUGUACGCCGGGCCAGAAGAAGGCCUGACUCUGAAGAGAGCCUACUUGGAGAAGGGAGGUGAUGGCACGAGGUUGAUCGAAAUAGACGUGAAGAGAGGAGCACAUCAUGACAUGUUGAGAAUUGGAGGGAUGUACAGUACCCUCCUCAAGCUGGCAAUGCUAGGAGCCAUUGAUGCAGUGGUUGGUGGCCCAAAUUGCCGCACACGUUCAGUGCUGCGACACACACCAAGAGAAGGCUUCCCAGGACCAUCGAGGACGGCGGGAUACCCUUGGGGACUUCCAGAUGCUCCCCCUGAUGAACAAGGAAAGUUGUUGCAGGACGAUGCAUUGAUGCUGAGGAUGCUGACCCUGUACAUGGUUGCACAGAUAGCGAGAGAUGCAAUGGUGAAAGAAAGAAGCAAGAGGUGUUUGAAGGCCAAGGUUGGAUUUCUGUUGGAGCAGCCAGCAGCACCGGAGUGGUGUCCAGAAUGCGCUUCGUGGUGGAGAAAUCGAACAUGGUUGCUGUUCAAGCACUACUACCAGAUGGAAGAAGUGACGUUUUACCAAGGAGAUUUUGGAGGUGAAGCGAGAAAGCCAACAACAUGCGGAACAAACCUUGGGUUUCAACCACCAGACCCACUAGUACAUGGUGGGAGGAGCAGAGAACAAGGUCCAGAACUGGAUUCCAGUAAGCUCUCGAGGUGGGCUCCUGGGAUGAUGCAUGAAGUUGCAAGGCUUUUGAUAGAAGAAGUAGAAGGAAAAGAGGUUCGGCUGAAGAAGUUGUCGUGGACUGCCCACGUUGACAAUGGACAUGUGCCGUUUCGGCGCGAUUGCGUGGUUUGCCAGAGGUCAGCAGCGAGACAAAGGCCGCAUAGAAGACAUGAUGAUCCAGAAGCGCAUUGUUUAGCUGUUGACAUUUGUGGCCCAUUGAAGUGGGGUCAGGACGUGGAUGGUGAAGAGAAGAAAUACCUUUUGGUCGGCUCCUACACGUGGCCAGUGGAAGGUAAGGACUCUGAUGAAAGCUUGGGGAUGUUGGAUGAGGAGACUGCUGAAGAUGAUGAAAUGCUUCCGGUUUUGGAAGAUGAAGAGGCAGAGCAAAGGGAGGCGUCAGCGUCUUCUUCCUCGCCACCCAAGAAGGAGGCUCAAGCAGAGGGUUUACCUUCAAGACCAGCAUCGAAAAGGAAAGGGGAGGAAGAGAAGCCUCCUGAGGAUGCAGAAAGUGCUGAGGAGAAGACUGAAGAAGGAAGGCUGGAAGAAAAGUUGAAGACAAAAGGAAUGCUGAAGCUGAUGACAUGUGUGCCAUUAGCCUCAAAGCAUGCGCUGGAUGUUUUGUCAGGAGUCCAAGAAUUGGUGGUGAAGCUCAGAAGGUAUGGCUACCCAGUCGUACGCCUGCACACGGACUAUGAAACAACCUUUGUCAACAAGCACUUGAAGGGAUGGUGCUUGAACCGAGGAAUUGUGAGGACAUCGUCCACCCCAGAAGAACACCAACAAAAUGGAAGAGCAGAAGCUGCAAUAGCUUCUAUCAAGGGAAGGGUGCGACGUCUCUUGCACUCCUCUGGCAUGGAGACGAAGUGGUGGCCGAUUGCAGCACGACAUGUGGUAGAGCUGGAGAGAAGAAGGUUUGAAAGGAUUGAGGACAAACUGCCAAGGUUUGGACAGAAGAUAGUGACAAGAAAGCGGAAAUGGAAAAGAGGAGAUGAGUUUGAAACGACAGCACAGGAAGUCACUUACCUGACUCCAAUCCCAGAAGUUUCAAAAGGACAUGCGGUUAUGGAAGAAGAUGGAAGUUUCAAGGUGGUGAGCUGCCUGAUCCAGGACUGCAAAGAGCCGCAGGAAGAAGAAAAGAAGUUGGAGUUAGAAGAAGUGAUUCAAGAAAGGGACCCUAUGGAAGCGCGAAGAAGACUGAGGAAAAAGAUGUCAGUCGCUUCUUUGAGGAUUCCAGAAGAAGAAUUUGCAGAAAGUAUCAAGCUGUUCCAGGCAGUUUUGGAGCAGGAUGAAGCGAUGUACAAUGAAGACGAAGAGGUCAUUCCGGCAGUGAUGAAAGGGAUGAUUGCCAUCAGAAAGGAAAUGGCGGCACUGCAAGAAGGCCGACUUGAAGAAGAAGUGCUACAGACCAGGGAGGAACAUGCCAACUACUAUGCAGGAGGGGCAGACACAAUCUGCCUGCGACUUGCACUGUCCAUGGCAGCACGCUAUGGGUGGGACAUUGCAGGUUUAGAUGUGGUUGCAGCGUUUUUGAACGCGCAGCUGGGGGACGUGCAUGAGAAACCACAACCAAGAGAAGACCCAACAAGAGACAGAGGCCGCAUUGUGUUGAUGCAACCACCGCGGGUUCUGGAAAGACUAGGUCUGAUCGAAGUUGGAGAGCUUUGGCUAGUGGAACGUGCCCUCUAUGGACUGAGAGAGUCGCCUCGCCUGUGGAGUGAUCACAGGGAUGGAACCCUACAUGGCAUGGAAAUACAACAAGGAGGCAGGACGUUGAAGUUGCUGCCGAGUUUUGCAGAAGAAAACCUUUGGCUGAUCAAGGAUACCAGCCUUAGAGAUGAAGGUGGAGUGCAAGGAUUGGUUUUGAUUUACGUGGACGACAUGUUGGUCAUGUCGAACCCGGAGAUCACCAACAUGGUGGUGGAAAAGAUACAGAAGACAUGGGAAGUGACCAAACCUCAAUGGGUCACUGAAACAGAGCCAGUUCGGUUCUGCGGGAUCGAGAUCUACAAGAACAACGAAGGGGAUUACUUUGCGGGACAGCAGUCCUUUGUGAAAGAAGUGCUGAAGCGCCACAACUGCAAGGAGUUUGCGGCAUCCCCUUUGAAAGACAACUUCGAGCCGGAGGAGGAGCUAGAUAGGACAAGAGAGGAGAUCCAACUGGCCCAAAAACUGGCCGGAGAACUGCUGUGGUUGGCCGGAAAGACCCGACCCGACCUAGCUUACACUACCAGCCGUAUCUGUUCAAAUGCAACCAGGUCUCCAAAAUGGUGUGCAGGAGCAGCUGCACACACCAUGAAGUACCUCAACAGAACCUGGGGUAUGGGACUGUACUUCAGGAAGAAGGGAGGGAAUGUCCUGGAAGUGGCAACAGAUGCCAGUUUUGCACCAGGUGGUGGUUUGUCGCAUGGCUCAGUGGUAGCAAGCAUGGGAGGUACGCCAGUGAUGUGGAGGUCCUCAAAACAGCCUUUCCCCUGUUUGUCUACCGCAGAGACUGAGCUGGUAGAAGCCAUCGAGGGAGUCAUAGUUGGAGACUCUUUAGCAUGCAUAGUGGAGGAGUUGGAAGGAAGAGUGGAUAAGCAGCUGGUAUGUGACAACAUGGCAGCCGUGGCUUUGUCCACCACGCAGACAGGAGCUUGGCGCACACGGCAUUUGAAAGUACGUGCGACACACCUCAAAUGGAGGGUGGAAGCUGGAGACUGGAAGAUGCACCAUCGACGGGGCACAGAGCUCGUCGCAGACAUGGGUACAAAGCUUCUUGGUGCCAACAAAACGAAGGAUCUGUCAAAGAAGAUGAAUCUGGAAUGGCUACCAGAUGUAGUAGCUUUCUCCAGAGCGAAGGAAGAAAGGAUUGAGAAAGAGGAAGAAAAAUUGGCAGAGGAACAGGACAGAGAACCAGCUGUGACGGUAUCCAAGAAGGUCUUUGCAGGAGAUAUGGAAAAGGUGGUAAAGAUCGCCACCCUCAUGGCGGUACUUCAGAAGGUAGAAAGAGUAUAUGCCAUGGACAAGAGUGAGACGGAAGAAGGAUCAGAAGUUUUGGCGGCAUUUGGCUUGUUGAUGAUGAUCCUUGGAGUGGUUUUGUACAAGUUGGUAGAAAGAAUGUGGAAGAUCUUUCAUGAGAAGAGAGAUCACGAGGAAUGCCAAGCUCGCGCCCUUACGCGCGACUCUCGCGCCCUUAUGCGCGACUCUCGCGGCCUUACGCGCGACGUUUCGCGGCUUCAUGCGCGAUCGAGAACGUCACCAACUUCAUGUACGAUGAGAAAAGCUGAAAAUAAAGGUUCCAAUGAAAAAAGACAGGAAGGAGGAAGCUCCGCUACCAGAAGCGACAGUCACACAACCGAGAAAGGCACGGAGGAACGACAUGACAAAAAGGGAGCACAGACAGACGGAGCUGUGGGAACCCUGGAGGAGAGGGAGCCCAGUCUGCUCGUCCUGGACGACGCUGUGGGAACCCUGGAGGAGAGGGAGCCCAGUCUGCGGGUCCGAGCGGAGCAGUGCCCACUCCUGGAUGGCGCUGUGGGAACCCUGGAGGAGAGGGAGCCCAGUCUGCGGGUCCGAGUGGUGCAAAGCCUAACCAAGGUGAUCAUUUUUGGAUUGUACAAGAAGGAGAUUGCCUGGCUGGAGACUUUUCUGUGGGAAAAAGGCUACGAGAAAGUCAUUGCAUUGCAGGGGGACAUGUCGCAGGACAAGAGAACGCAGGCACUCGCAGACUUCAAAGCCACCAAGAAGACACCUUUGAUUGCCACGGAUGUCGCUGGCAGAGGUCUCGACGUCCAGGAUGUGGAGCUCGUGAUCAAUUAUACUUUUCCGCUUACCAUUGAGGAGUAUACACAUCGAAUCGGCCGUACUGGCCGAGCUGGAAAAAAAGGCCUUGCCAUUUGCUUUUUCUGCCCCGACUCCAAAGGAGCACAGGAUGAGAAGGCACAUGCUGGCGAUCUUUGUGCCAUCCUCCGCAAAGCCAACCAAGAAGUCCCCAAGGAAUUGGAAAGCAUUGCCAAUACCUCCGGCGGAAACAAGGCCACAAAGAAGAAGGCCCACCCACUCUUUGGUGCUCACUUCAAGAGUGCAGAGCAGAUGGCUGCGCUUGAAGCCAAAAAGGUGCAUACCACCUUCGACUCAGAUGAAGACUGA